UCAGUUGAAUUGAAUAUAUUUAAUUGUAUAUAUCUAUAACCUUAAUUUACAUCAUAUUUACAAACUGUAUGUACUCGCCGCACUGAUCUGAUGGUAGAUCAUGUCAUUGUGUCCCCUCCUGCUCCUCCUCCUCCUCCUCCUCUUCAUCCUGCUCUCCUAUUUGCACAUUUUAGAAACCACUCACACACCCGACAAAGCAGAGACGAGAGACAACAAGGGAGGACAGUUCAGCAAAGGAGAUUCGGCGGAGUUUUAUACACUGACCUAACUCUGAGCUCUUACUACAUCUUCAGUUCAGCUAAACCUCACCUACCUCAAAGCCAUGACUGCGUGCAUCUUCAUACGAGGAGGGAAGAUUUUCUACUUCGAAUAAGCUUCUUCACGUCACAGAUGUUUACAUUUAAUCCACAAGAAACGGAGAGAGAACUGGCAGAUGAUGAGAUUGAAGAGCUGCGUGAGGCUUUUGAAGAGUUUGAUAAGGACAAGGACGGACUGAUCAGCUGUAAAGAUCUGGGCAACCUGAUGAGAACUAUGGGUUACAUGCCUACGGAGAUGGAGCUGAUUGAACUUGGACAGAAUAUCAAUAUGAACCUGGGAGGACAGGUGGAUUUUGAAGACUUUGUGGAACUGAUGGCACCAAAACUCCUGGCUGAAACAGCUGGCAUGAUUGGCAUGAAAGAGCUGAGGGAUGCCUUCAGACAGUUCGACAUGGACGGCGAUGGAGAGAUCACGACAGAAGAGCUAAAGUUAGCUAUGAAUAAGCUGUUGGGGGAAAAUAUGAGUCACAAAGAGAUCGACGCGGUGGUCAGAGAGGUCGAUGACAAUGGUGAUGGAACUGUAGACUUUGAAGAGUUUGUGAAGAUGAUGUCAAGCUGCUGAGAGGUACGGAAGUGAGAAGCGACGACACAAUACCGUUACUGUCCUGUUAAAUUGUUUCUUUCCCACAACAGUUUUCAUCUUCUUCCUCACUACAGUACAUUUUCUCAGCCCUUCCUCGAAUAAUCAUAGACGGGAUUUGUAUAACUUUGUGUAAGGAGUUGAUCAAAAUGUAUAACUCAUCUAAUCUUUUACAGUGAGAAUAAGACCGCUUUAAACUUUUUUAUCGGAUUAUUUAUUUAUUUAUAUGAGUAAUCGCACUUUUACUUCAAACCGAUAUAAAUAAACUUAUAGAAAUUGAUAUAUUAUAUAAUAAAAUAUACAGUUUACAUACAGAGAUGUGACAAAGGGAUAAAAACACUGACGUCUUCAUUCACUUACUCAAAAUCGGGUUUUCUUCUGGGUAUCUGUACGUCACACUGAUUCACGAGCAUCAUGGGGACUGAAUGUACAUUCUCAACCAAAAUAUAUACAAUCUUAUAUAGAGCUAAAUCAUUGUUCCUUAAGAUGGCAGAACACAUGUACAGGUUAAAGGUUACCUUUAAUCCAAGCAAAAAAUUAUCACGUGCAAUAAUCAAUUCGGGAAGCUGGAACGAACUGACUAGAUGAUGUGAAAGUUACAAGGAUGGAAAACAGGUAAAGGUAGACGACUGUAGUUUGGUAUCUGAAAUGCUAAUGAUCCCAAAAUCUUGGGUUCCUGCCAUCUUGAUCCUGAUCCAACAUUUCCACUUGUCUCGAAUCAUCUCAGUCUUUUCCUUAAUUUGUCACUUCUCUGAAUCAAUGCACAUCUACAGUACACACUUUCGACUAUGCAAAAGUCUUAAUGCUGUUUUUUUGUUGCUUUUAAAAUACCAUUUGUGUACAUUAGAUGAGACUCAAAAUGGUAUAUAUCAUAUUCUAUGUUGAUAAUAUACUGUAUCCGGGGCAACAUUUAUUAAUAAAUGAACUGCUUUUAAAUAUU